AUGGCAUUCUCACUUUUGUCUUCUUGUAUGACUUCUUAGCUGAAGAACAGAGAGACCAAAAUGCAGAAGAUGGUCAACAGAAGAAGUUUCGACUCAUCCUUGUCGUCCAAGUUGAGUGCGCCAUCUGAACUUCAGAUUCUUGUUUGCGACGAGCCCUUCACAUCCAGUAAAGAGCUUCUAGCAGCAAAAUCGGCAAAACUAGCUGCACUGUUCGAGGAAAAAGAUUCCUACGAAAAGAUAUCUUACUUCCUUCGAGACAUCUCCGCUGAUCCCAACACCUUUGAGCUAGUGGCAAGGUUCUGCCACGGGUUUGAAGUCCAACUUUCUACUGAAAAUGCAGUACCCCUCAUUUGCCUUGCUUCUGAUCUGGAAAUGACUGAAACUCACUGCCCCAACAAUCUUCUGAAGAAGGCCAUCGAUUUUCUCAAAGAAAGAGUCCUCCCAAGCUGGAACGAGACCAUCAGGGCCCUGCGACUCUCGGAGAAACUCCUACAGCAAGCUGUGGAUCUUGGCAUUAUCGAGGCCUGUUUCAGUUCCAUUGUUGCAAAGGCGCAAGUCGACCCCCGCCUUCUUGGAAAGCCAAUUAAGGCUCCCAAAUUGGAUGAGAGCAGUGAGGGAGAGGAAGAUGGGGAGUGUAGACCCAAUGCAAGGAGAAAGCUUUUUGUUCUCGACUGGCAAUCAGAGGAUUUAACGACUCUGCCUCUGCAAUUUUAUGAACCAGUCAUUAAAGCAAUGAACCUACAAGGCAUCCCACCCGGAUAUGUGGCGGCAUCUCUUUGCCAAUACGUGAAAAGAUGGAUUUGUUCCAGCCCAACAGGAGACGAAACCAUGUCAAUAUACAACAGGAACUCUCAGAGGGAAGUAAUCGAAGCAGUGGAGAGACUCCUGCCUCGCGAGCCAAGGCUUCUUCCAUGUACUUUAUUGUUUCAGAUGUUGGACUCUGCCCUUACACUGGAAGCUAGUGCUGACUGUAGAAAUGGAUUUGAGAUCAGGAUAGGGAGACAACUCGACCAGGCAAUGGUAAAUGACCUCCUAAUACCCUUUCGGGGCUAUGCCGGAGAAACACAAUAUGACAUUGGUUGUGUCAAAAGGAUCCUGAAAAGUUUCUACAUGAACUUCACUUGUCCAGAUGAAUCAGGUUUUAUCAAAGUAGCAGAUCUCAUUGAAGAGUUAUUGGCAGAAUUAGCAAGCGAUGUAGACUUACAGGUCAAUUCGUUUCUCGCCCUGGCUGAGAUGUCGCUUGCAGCAUCAAUUCAUACAAACUCCGACGGAAUAUACCGCGCUAUCGAUAUUUACCUGGACAAGCAUAGGUUCCUGACGGAGUUGGAGAAAGAAGAGGUGUGUCGUGUACUGGACUUCCAGAAAAUGUCUCCUGAAGCCUGUGAGCAUGCGGUGCGAAAUGAAAGGCUGCCAUUAAGGGUGGUUGUGCAAGUGUUGUUUACUGAGCAGUUGAAGCUACGAGAAACAGUCGUGCAGGAAGUAGUAGUGCACAGUACCCAGGAACGAUUUGGAAAGGAUGGAGAGGAAGAGGUGGAGGAAAACCAACGGAAGUUGAGUCGUACCGAGGAAGAGUUGAGGAUUGAAAUGGAGAGGAUGAACAGCAAGGUGAGGGAGCUCGAGAGAGAGUGCAGCAUGAUGAGGAAAGAGAUGGCAAAUGGAAAUGGCGGCAGUCAUAAGUUGGAGAAGAGGGGGAAAAUUAGUAUGUGGGGAGAGAUAAAGAGGAAGUUUGGGUGCAUGAGCAACAUGCAUGAUUAUAGUUCUCACGUGAAGAAGAAGAAGAAGGUGCAUCCUAGGCAUGGCUAAUGGUUUUUUGAAUGUUUCACGUUUUGGGGUAAAAAUGGUUUUUUCCUUUCCAUGGAUAUAGUGGUUUUUUGCAUCCUCAACUAGGCUUGGUUACUAUUCAACUGACUGCGAUCCUAGUAGCGUUCUCUGGUUCAAAGAACUAAUCUUUGGCGUGAAUGGUAGGUCUAUUUGACAGAACUUAACCAAGAUUAUUCAUUUGGCAGCUAAGCUUUGUAGAAUUUCACUGUCAAAUAACUAAUAGUUUGAGAUUCUCUCUUUCACCUAUAUUUAUUUUCUGGAAAUAUGGAUGGUGAGUUCAUCGGAUGGAACCUCAAACACCAACAGAAGCUCAUUGUGGUAAUGUGCCAUUGACAAGGCUUUCAAUAAGGAUUGUUCUACAAAUUUGUCCAGUUGAAUGAG